AUGCGGCCCAAUGGCGUGACACCAUCUCCAUCGUUCCCGCUCUUCGGCCAGCUGCCCUGCGAGCUGCGCCUCAAGAUCUGGCACGACGCCCUCCCCGAGUCCGAAGGCAGCGCCGUCUAUUUCUUCCGCGACUGGAAGUGGAAGCCUUACGCGCCCGAGACGGCCGCCGACGCACCACCUCGCCCGCUCCUCGAGACCGACGACGAGCUCGGGGAGGACGUCGUCAACCCGCACGUCCCCGUCUGCCUGCCGCACAUUUCGGUAAACUACGAGGCGCGCGAGGUGGCGCUGCGGUGGGCCGCGCGCGAGAACCUGACGCUGCAGCUGCACGAGCGCGCGUGGGACGAGGAGCACGACGCCGGCGGGCGCGUCGUCGUGCGGCCCUGGCAGCCGCGCCGGGGCGACGCCGUCUACGUCGGCCGCGACCGCUGGGACGACUUUUGCCAGCGGCCGUGCACGUUUCCCUUUGACGGGCAGGCGGCCGUCUACUACGGCACCGUCGACUGCGGGUACGCGGCGCUGAGCAGCACCUCGCCGUGCGCCGCGGCGGCGGCGUCGUCGGGCGGGCUCUUCGGCCGGCCCGCGCCGCGCAGCGUCGAGAUCCGCACGCUCGCCAUCCCCGCGGCCGACGUGCCCGGCGCGGCGCUCGCGGGGCUGCUGCACUGCCUGCCGAACCUCGAGCGGCUGCAGCUCGUGUACGGGCCGCUGCCGCAGCCGCACGAGCGCGAGGACGAGGCGCUCGUGCCCCGGCGCUGGGCGCUGGCGAGCGCGCACGACGAGGCCGCCGGCGUGCGGCCGUUUCACUUCACGGACGCGCCGAUGGGGGGCGGGCGGUACGCGGCGCGCGCGGACGAGGCGCCGCUGCUGGGCGAGGGGCUGCUCAAGCACGUGGAUGAUGUGGAAAAGAUGCUCCUGAGAGAGGUCAAGCGGUGCGAGGUGGAGAGUGAGGCGCGCGAUGCCGUCGAGGGCGACGACAGCCUGCCGUUUACGCUGGAAGCUGUGGUUCUUGCGAGGGGGCACUGA